AUGGUGCAGGAUGGUUCCAUUGGAUUUCCAGACCCACAGCCCUUCCCUAAUGACACCGUCAACAUGCCCUUUUUCUUGGUGGUGGUGGUGAGGGGGGAUGCCUUAAGUCUCAGUGAACACAUGCAGAAACCCUAUGGACAGAGAUCCCUUACCGGAGAAGAAAUAAUUCUAAACUACCGGUUAUCCAGGGCUAGGAGGGUAUCAGAAAACGCCUUUGGCAUUUUGGCAGACCGAUUCCAAAUACUCAUCUCAAAGAUGAACCACAGUCCAUCCACAGUGAGGCUGAUUUUCAAGACAUGCUGCAUUCUCCACAACUUGAUGAGGAUGAGGUACCCCACUUUGCAGAAUGAAGAGGACAGAAGAGGCGACCUGGUUCUUGGGGGAAUGGAGGAGAGAUCGCAACUUGGAGGAUACCAGGACUGUCAAUAUCAGGGGCUAUAA